AAAAUCUGAGGUGGGAGAGUUCAGCCUGGGCAUCCCAGGCAACAUCAACAGAAUGAGCUACCCUACUUUCAAGAAACUGAGUGUUGUUGGGUUUUAUCCACCCGUGACAUCCGUGCCCACAGCCACAGACAUGUGUUCCCCCCGCAGUGGCCUCUCGGGCGGGGCUAUACGAGUCAAUAUAAGAGAGGACUAGGUCCGAUGGGUGGUGGUAGAAUCUCCUGUGGACCUGCUGCGACCCCUCUGCUCCUCUUAGUCCUGAUCUGCUGCCUCCUGCCGGGACCUCCGCCCUCCUAGCUCCUCCUCCAGCACCAGCACCAGCACUGGGACCAGCACCAUGGAUAGCUCCGGGAUCGGGAUGCUCCGCGGACUGCUGUUUGUCGGCCUGUUGUCCGUCAUCUGUCACGGCCAGGCGUCCCAGGAAGUCUCCGCAGAGGACUUCGGAGUGGACAAACCAGAACCAGCCGCAGACAGAGACCUGGUCGACGCGCUGGAGGCUCUGCUGGGAAGGAUGCACAAUCGUAUUUCCUCCACUGAGAAAAGAGGAAGCAUCCCUCUGUGUGUGAUGGGUGACCGGUGUGCCAUGAAGUACGGACCUCGCAUCGGGAAGCUCUGCGACUGCGGCAGAGGAGCCAACUGCAACUCCUACCUGCUCAAAUGCCUCUGAAGCACUGAGGUUUUCUUUUCUUUUCUUUUAUUCGCAAACACAGCAUCACUUCUGCAGGAACAAACUUCCUUCCACAACCUCAGCAGGCUUCCAUAAACUGGCACAAUGACCCUGACUCUCUGAAUCUUAAUAUCAGGCUCUAAUAUCAUCAUUUAUAUCCGUUAUGCAUUGGUGUUGUUUUGGCAGCUGUUGCCUGAGGAAGAGCAUGCGUUAUGUAUUGCUAAACGUCCUGAAUAUUUACUGUAGCAUGUGAAUGUUUCAUGUUCAAUAAACACAUUUAUCAACA